GCAGAUUCCACUCGCCACUUUCACUUGUUGUGCGAGACAACAACACUAUCAGAUGCGAUGCCACCUAAGUUCAUAUUCCACCCCGUCUCGCAGGAGAGCCAGCGCAACAACAUCCUGGGCCAGCAUGUGCAGCCGUAGUCUGCUUGUUGUCGGCCUGCUCGUGUUCUUCGCGGGCUUGAUUCAUUCGGCAGAUGCAGCGAGACCUGCGCACCUGAGAGCACCUUCGCAGGUUGUGCUACCGCCACUUCUGGGAGGGGGAGUUUCGAGCGGCAAAGGCUCAAGGGAUCUAGGGGAGCGGGUCUUCAAACUACGCCACAUCUACCACCAUGGCACUCACAAGUAUCCUGACUUGCACCGAUAUACCGACAUUGAGCCAGAAGCGAAGCUUCGAGUCACCUACGAUGACGGACGCACCAUCGAAGACGCCCCAAAUGAGCUACGAGCUCAAGCAGUGACCACCAACAUCCAACGAUUAGUGGCCAGGAACAAGACCGAUAUUGAUGACUUAUUGGCAGAGUCCGCAUGGUAUGGAAGAGCUGCAGAUUUGCCAGCGUCGGCAUGGACUUCAGAUGAGAUUGCCGGGCCAAACAUUAGCGACAAGAGCACCGUCAUAACUUUUGCAAAGAUGGCUGCGAACGCAUAUGUUCAGACGCGACUGGACGGAGCGUGGUUACCCGUUAAGGGCGGCUUCAACUAUACCGAUGAUUUUGGCUGGCAGACCGAUGGUCUGCGUGGGCACAUCUUUGCCGAUGAGUCCAAUUCCACUGUUGUAAUCGGUCUCAAAGGAACUUCUCCUGCUAUAUUCGAUGGUGCCGAUACCACAGGCAACGACAAGCUCAAUGACAACCUCUUUGGAUCUUGCUGCUGUGGCCAAGGCGGACAAUAUCUGUGGAAGCAGGUCUGCGACUGCAUGACAGGGACCUAUCAGUGCAACUCUACUUGCCUCGUCAAGUCGCUCCAAACAAAGAGCCACUACUAUUGGGCUGUGCGAGACCUCUACCAUAACGUGACUGAGCGAUAUCCCAACUCGGAUGUCUGGUUGUCUGGGCAUUCUCUAGGAGGAGUAGUCAGCUCUCUGCUGGGAUUGACAUACGGAUUGCCGACGAUGACCUUUGAAGCAUUUCCGGAUGCAAUGGCCGCGUCCCGCCUAGGACUUCCCACACCACCUGGCUAUCAGAUCGGCUCGCACCAAUCUAGGUCAGAUGUCCAGCUACACCACUUUGGCCACACGGCGGACCCUAUAUACAUGGGUACAUGCAAUGCAGCAUCCUCAUUCUGUACGAUUGCUGGCUACGCUUUUCAAGGUGUAUGCCACACCGGCAAGACGUGCACGUAUGAUACAGUUGGCGAUCUGGGGUGGCGAGUAGGUAUUGGAACCCACAAGAUUGUCAAUGUCAUCAAGGAUGUGCUCGAGAAGUAUGACACAGUGCCGACAUGUGAAGCGGAUGAGGAAUGCGUGGACUGUUACAAUUGGAAGUUCUACGAAAGUAAUGGCACUGAAAGCACUACGACAAGUAGCAGCAGCAGCACUUCCACAACGACACGAACACGGACCGAGACAUGCAAGACGCCAGGGUGGUUUGGCUGCCUUGACGAGAGUACAACGACAACGACGACAACCAGCACCUCCAGUACCAGCAGUACGUCAACGUCAACAUGCCAUACGCCGGGCUGGUUCGGUUGCAAAGACGAGUCGACGACCACUUCCGCGGCUACAAUCACUACCACCAGCGCUGCGCCGGGAUCCACGACGACUGUCAUUACCACGACCUCCAAAUCGACUUCCACUUGCACGCCCGGGUUCUUCUGGGGAUGUGAUGAUGAGCCCAGUACCACCACGUCCGCUACGCCGAAACCCAGCAGAACAUCUUCGCAUGCAUCAUCCACGACCUCAGCUCCCGACGACAAAGAUGAUUGCACGUCGCGGGAGUUCUUCGGCCUCAUCUGUGUAGACCCAUCGCCUCCAACCACCAACCUAGUCACGCCCAGUCCAACGCGGCUUCCAACCACGAAGCGGAAACACUGCGUGGGAAGGCAUUGGUAUGGAAGUUGUAAGGAGUGGCGGUGGGAGCAUACGUUGGAUCCUAAGUGGGAUCUUCUGUAACAAUCGGCCGUGUUCGACAAGUUGCGUGAAUACAUUUUAGCCAGAUACGAAAUUAUGAUUAAUUGAGAUGGGUACCUGAACCUCUCGUGUACGAAGC